AUGAUCUACGGUCUGUUGGUUGGUGUAAUUCUAAGAUUCGGAGUCCACGUUCCACAAAGUACGAGUGACGUGGUUUUGAGCUGCGCCGUCAAUGCCAGUCCUGCCACUCUGUUGGUGAACGUGAGCGGGCGCUUCUACGAGUACACUCUGAGGGGAGAGGUGAGCCGCGCCAAGGGCCACCAAGUCCAGGACGACGAGAUGCUGCGGAAGGUAACAUUUGACCCCGAAGUAUUUUUCAACAUUUUACUUCCACCAAUCAUCUUCCAUGCAGGUUACAGCUUGAAAAGAAGACAUUUUUUCAGAAACAUUGGGUCAAUCUUGACUUAUGCCUUCGUUGGAACAGUUAUCUCCUGUUUUGUGAUUGGGCUGAUCAUGUACGGGUUUGUGUCCUUCAUGAAAGCAGUGGGGCAGCUGGGAGGAGAUUUCUUCUUCACAGAUUGUCUCUUUUUCGGCGCUAUCGUUUCUGCAACAGACCCAGUGACGGUUCUGGCCAUUUUCAACGAGCUGAAGGUGGAUGUGGACCUGUACGCGCUGCUGUUUGGGGAGAGUGUCCUUAACGACGCCGUGGCCAUCAUCCUGUCCUCGUCAAUUGUUGCGUACCAGCCGGCCGGAGACAACAGCCACAGUUUCGAGGCCAUGGCCAUGCUCAAGUCCUUUGGGGUUUUCCUGGGAGUUUUCAGUGGAUCUUUGGCUCUCGGAGUGGCCACCGGAGUCGUCACUGCAUUUGUCACCAAGUUCACAAAGUUGAGGGACUUCCCACUUUUGGAGACCGCCCUCUUCUUCCUCAUGUCCUGGAGCACGUUCCUAUUGGCUGAGGCCUGUGGCUUUACAGGUGUGGUUGCGGUGCUGUUCUGUGGCAUCACCCAGGCUCAUUACACAUACAACAACCUCUCCCCAGACUCUCAGGACCGAACCAAACAGUUGUUUGAGCUGUUGAACUUCUUGGCGGAGAACUUCAUCUUCUCCUACAUGGGCCUGACGCUGUUCUCCUUCCAGUCACACGUUUUCAACCCACUCUUCAUCAUCGGAGCUUUUCUGGCUGUGUUUAUAGGCAGAGCAGCCAACAUCUAUCCUCUGUCCUUCCUGUUGAACCUCGGACGACGGAACAAAAUUGGAUCCAACUUCCAACACGUGAUGAUGUUUGCAGGUCUGCGUGGCGCCAUGACUUUCGCGCUCUCCAUCCGCGACACGGCCACGUACGCGCGGCAGAUGAUGUUCUCCACCACGCUGCUCAUCGUCUUCUUCACGGUGUGGGUCUGCGGAGGAGGGACCACGCCCAUGCUCUCCUUCAUGAGCAUACCAGUUGGUGUGGACUCGGAUCAAGAACACACCAGCGCCACAAUGUUGGAUGGGUCCCAGAGGAGAAACACCAAACACGAGAGCGCCUGGCCCUUCAGGAUCUGGUAUAACUUCGACCACAAUUACCUGAAGCCGCUGCUCACCCACAGUGGACCUCCUCUCACGGCCACGCUGCCCUCCUGCUGUGGGCCCCUCGCCCGCUGCCUCACCAGUCCACAGGCCUACGAGAAUGAAGGGCGGCUCCACGAAGACGACGACUUCAUCUUGAACGACGCCAGCGUGAGCUCCAUGUACGCGGACGUGACCGUGAGCACCGACGCCUCUGGGUCCCGGACCAUCAACCGCAAGCACCCGUUGGGGGCCGGUUUCCCUGACGACGGAAUCGACAACGAACUGGCCCUGUCGGAGAACGAGGUGGCCAUCAGAGGGACGCGCCUGGUCCUGCCCAUGGAUGACCCCCUGGACCCCCCCAUCACCGUCACCCUGCCCCCUCCCCCCUCCCCUCCCAAAUCUGACCCACGCAGGCACAGACUGUAG